ACACAGGGCAAUGCGAGUGAGGGCGAUCGUGCAGACCGCACGCAUGAUCGACAGCGAGUGCGCGCGUGUGGGUGUGUGUGUGUGGGUGUGUGCCUUCGUUGGUGCUCGCUGCGUAACAGCACGUGCCCCGACAGUCUGUUAAAGGCUGCGUGUGUGAAAAUAUAUAUCUGAUAUAACAAAUUGUGCUCAUCAAAGUUGCGUUGUAAUUGAGUCUUAAAAUUGAAGUGGGAUCGUCCGUUUAUCUUUGUUUUUACAAAAACAGCAUAACUACGCAGAAACAUACAGAGCCGCGUUCGUUACGCACACGUACACAGCCACACUAUACACUCAGACACAUAUGUAAAUAUACAUACACCAACACACCCACAGACAGAAUAUACAUAUUCGCAUAUGCAGUCACAAGCACACACGUAUAUGCAAACGCAUAGGGACGCGUACCCACUCACACAUAAAGCACACACAUUUACGCACCUUCAAAUCCACGCGCGUUGUGAGACCAUCGCUGUGAGAAGUUGCAAAUCACAGCCGCACAAUCACAGGCGGCCACACAAGCAAUUACACAGCCACUCAAUCACACACAGCCACUCAACCACACUCAACCACACGCAACCACGCAGAGCCGGACAGCCACAAGGCAGCGUAACCGCACGCAAAUCGCGACCGCGCGCGACCGCACGCGAUCCGAAUCAUGGGGAUUAAUCCGACGAUGUAUAGGAUCCGCUUGCCGGCGCUCGCGAUCUUCUUCCAGUUCAGCAUGAUCGUGCUCUUUGGGGUGUUCGUGCGAUACGACGACUUCUCGGACCCCAUUCUGUCUUACGAGAAGAACCUGACGGGAGAAGCAGUCGCCAAGAACGAAUUCUACUUCAGAUACCCAAGUUUCCAGGACGUGCACGUGAUGAUCUUCAUUGGCUUCGGCUUCCUCAUGACCUUCCUCAAGCGCUACGGCUUCACGAGCGUGGGAGCCACUUUCUUCCUCGCCGCCUUCGGCAUCCAGUGGGCCACGCUCAUGCAGGGCUGGUUCUGGCACCUGGGUCCGGACGGCAAGAUCCGAGUCGGAGUCAUCAACAUGAUCAACGCCGACUUCUGCGUGGGCUCCGUGCUCAUCGCGUUCGGCGCCCUGCUGGGCAAGACCACCCCGGUGCAGCUUCUCUUCAUGGCCCUGCCGCAGAUCACUCUGUACGCGGUCAACGAGUACAUCGUCCUGCACCUCCUCAGGUGCAACGAUGCCGGCGGCUCCAUGACGAUCCACACGUUCGGCGCGUACUUCGGACUCGCCGUGUCGCGCGUGCUCUACCGCCCGGGACUCAAGAACGGGCACUCCAAGAACGGCUCCGUCUACCACUCGGACGUCUUCGCGAUGAUCGGGACCAUUUUCCUCUUCCUCUUCUGGCCGAGCUUCAACUCGGCGAUUUCGGCAGCGGGCGCUGACCAGCACCGGGCCUCCAUCAACACCUACUACUCGCUCAUGGCCUCCGUGGUCAUGACCUACGCGAUAUCCAGCCUCACCGACAAGCACGGCAAACUCGACAUGGUCCACAUCCAGAACGCGACGCUGGCGGGGGGGGUUGCGAUGGGCACGGCCGGGGAGAUGAUGGUGACGCCGUACGGUUCGCUCAUCGUGGGCUUCAUCGCCGGAACCAUCUCCACGUUGGGCUUCAAGUAUCUCUCUCCCCUGCUGGACUCCAAGCUCAAGAUCCAGGACACGUGCGGCAUCCACAACCUGCACGCCAUGCCGGGCUUCAUCGGUGGCAUCGUGGGGGCCGUCACAGCCGCCACCGCCACCAACAGCGGCACCUACGGCCUCGGGCUCACCGAAACCUUCCCUGUCCUCAAGGAAUAUCCGGACAGGCGAAUCGGCGGGUACCAGAUGGCUGGCACCAUGGUCUCCAUGGCGAUGGGUCUUGUGGGUGGGACCAUCGUAGGCUUCCUGCUGAAGCUGCCGAUCUGGGACUUCCCUGAAGACGAGGAGUGCUUUCAGGACGAGUCGUACUGGGAGGUGCCCGGGAGCGACGAGGAGGAUCACAGUCCGGCGCCUAAAGACCGCAACAACCAGGACUUCCAGAUGACGAUCGAGAACUCCAAGGUUGAUUCUUAGUGCCAGCGAGAAGCGAGGUGUGGUGCUUGCGUGUGUGUGUUUGUACGUGUGUGUGUGCGUGUUGGGGGAGCGGUGGUGCAGCGGUUAGCGCGCUGCGCUACGAACCCGGCUACCCGGGUUCGAUUCCCGCUCACGGCAUAACACCAGUGACGAUUAUCUGAACCGGUCGUGGGCCUCCCCUAGGUCGACUCAGCCUAAAAUGAGUACCUGGUGCGGUGGUGUGUAAACAUCGCCACUGGGGAGACAAAGGCGGCUGGGCGUGGUGUUGUCCACCCACUCCCUCGUGUGCCGUGCCAGCCUUCAUAAGUGCUCGCUAACAGCAUUUGCCCCAGAAGUCUGAUAAGGCUAUACGGGACAUCUUUGUCUGUGUUUUGUUACGUGUACGUGUGUGUGUGCGCGCGCAUCGGACUUCAUAGGUGCUCGCUAUCAGCACUUGCCCCAACAGUCUGUUUAAGGCUAUACUGGGGAUCUUUGUCUCGGUCUUUGUGUGCGUCGACUCAGUCUUAAAUGAGUAGGUGGCGCUGGUAUGUAACCAUCAGCAACUAGGGAGACAAAGACGGUCGGGCGUGGUGCUGGCAACUCCCCCCUCCCCCCCAUCUCGUGUGCUGUACCGGCUGUCAUAGGGUGGUCAAAGUUCCCGUGAUCUCAUUCGCAAGUGUUGCCCGUUUGCCUUCCAGCAUCGCGGUCUAAGUGUCCACAUUUUUUGUUGUUUUACCUCUCCAAUUACUUUUCUAACUCAAUCGGGAUUGUGCUGACAGCAAUCAUCGCCCGCCCUACUGCAAACAAAACAAUAAUUGGAAGGACCCUCGGUGAGGAGUUCCUGGGUAAACAGGUGGAAUUAUAACAAUGAUUAUAUAGUCAUAAUUAACGAUUAAAUAAUAUUCAUUCAAGGGUUCCCCCAAAUUGUGCUCUGCACCACCCACCACUGCACUUCUUCACAAGUUGACCACAGUUCCCUGUUCAACGUGAAAAAAACGUCAGUCGUUGCACGCCUGCACCCGCCUGAUGUUUCGUACAAAUGUGAAGCUUAAAAUAAACCAAAGAGAAACAAAUGAUGGUGAAAGGAUAAAAAAAUGCGUAUACAUAUCUGUUUAAAGAUUGACAAUUAUAUUAACGUUGUUUUUUCACGAGUGGUAUUGCCCACUUGACUUGCUUCCUGUGUGUGAUCGAUCGGAUAUCGUUUCUUAUCAGCCGGUAAAUGUGAUGUCCACGUUGAAGCGGUGGUGGCAAUGCUGCACGUGGCCUGUAAUCCAGCACCGUGGAUGUUAGGGUUGAUGGAUCACCGCACACUCAGAUGUUGUGAAACUCCCUCCCCGCGGGCAUCGAGGGGGUGCCUAUCUACCCCUGGCUCGCCAGGACAAAGCAGUGCUGAGCAAGUGGACUAAUCGCCAUCUGUUUCCAUCUGUACGGGGGAUUGAGCGUUGCCCCCUCGCAACGCGUGGGUUUUCUCCGGGCCCUCCGCAUUCCUCCCCACUGCUCGUUUACUAAACACAACUCGUCGUGAAUUGGCUGAAAACGUCUUUAAAUAAAGAUGCAAUGUCGCUUGAGUGGGAACCUCCUGAAAGAGAGCGUCAGACAGCUCAACGUGGCUUUCCUGGAUAACGAAGUAAAUAAAGUAAUUUAAACUAAAUUAGUUUUUUUAUUAUUUUACCAGGCAAGGCCCACAGAGCUCUAUGGAGCUCUUUUUCAGAAUCGACCUGGCCACAAAUGCGAGCUCAGCGACGUGGCUUAUCAUCGUGUGGAAAUGUAUAACGAUUCUAAAUGCGGAGGGAAAAAUCGGAGGACCCGGAGAAAAUUCCACGUGACCACGGAGAGAGAGAGAGACACGCAAACUCCAAAUAUACAGCAGCAGGCGUCAGAGUUGGGCUCGAACCCAGGGCCUCCUGUAUACCAGGCGAGGUAGUUAACAUCUCCUAGCCACCUUGAUGAUGAUGAGAGAGAGAGAGAGAAAGACGCAAACUCCAAAUAUACAGCAGCAGGUGUCAAGGGUCGGGCUCGAACCCACGACCUCCUGUAUACCAGGCGAGGUAGUUAACAUUUCCUAGCCACCGUAUAAUACUGUGCAGUCACGGCUAUCAUCAGUGGCUAGUAAUGAUACCUGAACCCGUUCUGGCUCCUUUCCUCGCCCUCACCAAUGCACACUCAGCAGUGUGUAUUUAUGUAUUUAACUUGCAUCAAGAUUUCUGACUAACAGCCCCCCCUCCCAAAACGACAGGCGGUCAGCAACAAGCAGCACUUUUAAAGUUGUAGUAGAUUACGAGUUGAACACGUUUUGUUGACUCGGGCGAUUUGGGAGGGAGUUCCAUUGCGUGUUGUAAUCGCGGUGCAGUAUGGGAAUCGAAUGGUUAAUUGGUCGGAUCGCCGCGCUCUCUACUAAACAUAUCUUUUAACAAACACAUAUAUAUAUUUUAUUGAGAUAAAACUGAAAUAACGGCAGGAAGGGGAUACUUAUGGGAGCGUUUCUCGCGGAAAUUGGAAUGUACUGAGAAAGCAUAUGAUUGUUGUAAUAUUGAUGAUAAUAAUUAUUAUAUUGCAAGUGUUUCAGCAUCUGUUUAAAUGUUUCGGAUGUAGUGAAUAUUGCCUGCGAUAAUACAGGCGAGCGUGCGCUCAGAUUAAGAAUCGCUUUUUUGUUGUACGUGGGUGUUGAUAUAAAGCAGUCAUUUUCAA